GGGUAAAAAAUCCUCUUAGCUAUCUUCGUGAUUAUCAUUGCUUUCCUGUUAUUACCUCUUUACAUGAGCCUCAAUCUUGCUAAGAGGCCUCUUUUAACCCUCUUUGGUAGCAAGCUAUGCAAGAUGAAUUACAAGCUCUUGACAAAACUUGUACAUGGGAUUUGGUUGAUCUUCCUGCUGGAAAGCCUCUAGUAGGUUGUAAAUGGGUGUACAAGAUCAAAACCCAGUCUGAUGGCUCUGUGGAGCGUUACAAGGCUCGUUUGGUUGUUAAAGGAUUUACUCAGGAAUAUGGGAUUGAUUAUGAGGAAACCUUUGCACCUGUUUCUUGUCCUACUUCAAUUCAUAGUUUGAUUACUUUUGCUGCUGCAAAAAGAUGGAAAUUGUUUCAUAUGGAUGUGAAAAAUGACUUUCUAAAUGGUAUUCAUGAUCUUAAGCAAUUUCUCAGUCACAAGUUUGAGAUGAAAAAUCUUGGUGUUUUGACCUAUUUCUUGGGCUUUGAGGUCACCUCUUCUGAUGAUGGUUAUCUUCUUUCUCAAACAAAAUAUGCCUCUAAUCUUAUAUCUAAAGCUGGAGUCACUGAUAGUGAGACUGGAUCUACUCCUCUUGAGCCCAAUGUUUGACUUACAUCCAUGGAUGGUUUUCCAUUAGCUGAUCCUACUCGUUAUAGACAGUUGGUUGGAAGUUUGCUUUAUCUCACUACAACACAACUAGACAUAGCUUAUGCAAUUCAUGUUGUUAGUCAGUUUAUGGUUACGCCUCGCUCCACUCACUAUGCAACAGAACUUCACAUUAUUCGAUAUAUUAAAGGUAUCAUGUUUCA